UGUAGCUCGGAGGAACCCAGCUGAGUUUGUAAUGAUUAACAUGUUAAACUUCUAGUUCUAACCUAGAAGGAAACGCUUAAAUAAUCAUAUCAAAUUCACUUUCUUUAUAUUUCUGCGUGCCGGUGGAGGCUGUACUGAUCGAAGGAAAUUAUCUCUUCAAAGUUGAAGACACAGCAGGUAAUGGAAGCCAGCAGCCUGGAUGAUGACAUGAUGGAUGGAGACCUGGGUGACGGAAUGGGAGUCAUAGCAGCAUCCAGCUCCACCAGAAAGAAGAGCCAAAGCUCUGCUGGGGUGAUAGGAGCCAAGCUGCCCAGAGCAGAGUUGCUCAGGCGCAGCAGCCAGGGAGGAGAGACUACUUGUAUCCCCAGACUGAAGAUUACAGAAAGGCAGCUAAGAAUCCCCUGGAAGCUGCCACACACUGCAGGCUCCCUGGUUGACAUGUCCAAAGAGGAGCUGAAAGACAGACUACAGGAAGCGAGUGAGGUAAUUGAUGUUCUAUGCUGUGAGCUGGAGGUGGCACAUCGUUACCUAGAAGGCAAAUAUGAAGCUCUGAAGAUCUUACAGGGGAAGGCAAUCCUUGACAAGGCCACGAGUCACACUAAAAGUCUACUACAGAAGAGUGAGGAGACGGCCAGAGCUCUUGAGAAGGAGGUAAACAGCUUGCAAUGGGAGCUCAGCUUCAGCCAGGUACAGAUGAAGAAGUCUGAUCAGUCCUGGGAGCAGAAAUACAGCAGAAUUUUAAGCGAGAACAAGACUCUGACUGACAACCUGGAGGAAAGAGAGAGUGAGACCCAGCAGCUCCGAGCAGAGAACUCUGCUCUCAGUCAGCAGUUCUUGGAGCUUCUCUCCAUGUUGAAUGUGAAGGAGCAGAGGACUUACCAAGGAACCAAACCUCAGUACUGCCCAGAGAGAGACACAAAUGUUUUGGAGCUGGCAGUGUUGGGUGCCUGCAGGUGUCUCAGCGUUACUGAAGCAUGUCCAUGUAGUCGCACAGCAGCCGCCACUAGGAAGCAGCUUGUCCAGCUACGACAGGAGUUAGAUGCUCAGUGUUCAAAGAGAGAGGAGGCACUGAUGGUUGCGGAUGCUUUUCGCAUUGCCUUUGAACAGCAGCUGAGGAAACGAAGUGAACACUUUCUGCUGAUGGCUGAAGCCAACAUCCUAAAAUCCCAUCCUUGCAAGCCUGACAACAAGCCAGCAUGCUACAAUAAAGGUGUUAACAGGAGUCCUUUAAUCAGUCAGAAAUUGAGAGAUUUGCUGCCUUCCAGUUUGGAGACGAAGAUGUCUGAUGAACUUUUAGAGACUCUCUACAGACUGCUGGACUUGUUGAAUGACAAGGAAGAGGCGCUGGCACACCAGAGGAAGGUGAGCAUCAUGCUAGCCCACAGUGCUAAGGAGCUACAGAGACAGCUGCAUCUAGAUUCACAUUACUGGCCACCAGAAUUGUCAGAGUCCAGGAUCUCAUCAAAGCAACCACAAGAACCAUCAAAAAACCAGAGCCAACCUCAGCAAUCAUCUGAUUUGUCAGUGUUCCAGAUCCAACCACCAGUCCUGUCAAAGUUCAACAUUCAAGCUCAGCAACAACUAGAGCUGUCAGAUUCUCAGCCUCAGUCAGGACAACCACUGCAGGGGCUAUCACAGGUCAACAGCCAGCCGGUGUCUAACCACAGCACUCACCAGUCUGAAAUUCAACAAUCAGACCUAUUAGAAUCCUGAUCCAAUCAUGGGAUCUACCAGACUACAUGACUCAACAACAGGAGUCAGCAUUGACUGAGAGGCACAGACAGAAACGUCAAAGUUUGAUUUAUGAAAAUUUGGAUCCAGGGAUUAAAUUGAGCCGGGGCCCACCAAAGCUGAGCUACAUCUCCUUCAGUAUCAGAGUGUUGCCAGCACUUACAUAUGUGACAUGAAACAUCCAUUUUUAGACACUGUUUCACGUUGACCAAACAAAUGUCACCUUUGACUUCAUUAAACAGUUGUGACCAUCACACAACAGCAAGAUUGACACACAAUCUCCUGAUUUGGCAUUGGGAUUUUACAGUAGCCUUUAAGUUCAUACAGUGAAAUAAUUAUGAACAAAGCAGCUAUACUCAGGAAUGUAGCAUCAUUGAAGCGCCCCGACUUCUAUAGUUUGAGAUUGAUUUUCCCUCUCUGACUGUCCAGCCAACAAAAUCUAGAUGAAAGAAGAUCUGAGCUGAUAAAAAUGUUGAUAUGCUCAUCUGGGUUGCUUUCAAUCAUUGAUGUGCUCAUAGCAUGAAAAUUAGCAGUGAGUGCAUGACAGCCUGAAAAGGAAGACUGCAGACACUACUCAUGGCUGGAAAACUCUUCUACGUUCUAUCUGCAUAAUAUGGGUUGAAAACAAAAAAAUCAAGUGGUUAGUGUAUUAACAAUAUAGAGGCUUAAAUAGCAAAACUAUCUUUGUUAUAUUAACAUUAAUACAGAGAGCAGUAGCUAAUUACUGAUGCCAUUUUUUAAAAACUUUAUUGACAUUCACACAAUACUGUGUGCUGUAUUAUGUGAUAUAAUACAGGACUGGCCAGAUGUUCUAUUCUGACAUAUAACUUGUGCUUUAGCAAUCAAAGAGGAUGUUUACACUGACUGACUUACUUGUUUUCUGUCUUUCAUUAAGCUAGUAUGACAAUUAAAUGUGACAUCACACCUCUUAAAACUUUGUUAAAAUAAUGUUAUCCUCUGCUUGUGUUCUGAAUGCUAGAUGUAUAUUCUGAUGGUGUGCAAGAAUGCAAAAUCAAAGUUUCAUUUAGACUAAAAAGAAAAACAGUUACUCAUUCUAUGCUGCAAAUAUUUUUAUUCCAUCUUUAUUUCGUGUUUACAUUAUUGUGUAAUUUAUUGGUCACAAGCAGCUUCUAAAAUAAUAAAGCCUCUGAGAAUGAUAUACUGUAUAUUGGUACAAUUAUUAUUAUCAUUAUUAUACAUUUUGGAUAGGAGACAUUUUUACUGGAUAGACUGAUCAGGUUGGCAGUAGCGAAGAUGAAGAAAUACUUAUUUUGUAAUUAUGAGAAUACCUAA